UAUAUAAACGCACUCACACACACAGUCUGAUCACACAACCAGUCCGAGAGAUCGGGUUAAACAUCGAAUAUUCACACUCGAAGUUUUUCAAAGUUUUUGGUAAAGAUGGGCAACUUCUUCUCGUACGUUUUUGCUCGUCUCUUUGAGAAGAAGGACAUGAGAUUGUUAAUGGUCGGUCUGGAUGCAGCAGGAAAGACCACAGUCCUCUACAAACUCAAACUUGGUGAAGUCGUCACAAGCAUUCCAACUAUUGGUUUUAAUGUGGAGACAGUUGAAUAUAAGAACAUCUCAUUCACGGUUUGGGAUGUUGGUGGUCAGGACACUAUCAGACGUCUCUGGAAACACUACUAUCAGAACACUAAGGGUCUGAUCUUUGUGGUGGACAGCAGUGAUCAUGACAGAAUUGAGACGGCAGCCGCAGAACUCCAUAAGAUUCUUCAGGAGGAUGAGAUGAGAGAUGUCGUUGUGCUUGUACUUGCUAACAAGCAGGAUUUACCCAAAGCCAUGCCAGUACACGAGCUGACAGACAGACUGGGUUUACAUGCCCUCAAAAACAGACAGUGGUAUGUUCAGCAAACCUGUGCAGUUUCAGGAUCAGGUUUAUAUGAAGGACUGGAUUGGCUGUCUGAUCAACUCUCCAAACUAUAACAAUGCAAAACUUGAUUUUCUGCUGAACUGAAUGCAAAGACAAUACACGAGGUUAUGGACCUAUUUAUUAUACACUUCUACCGGACGGUGUACCGUUAUAUUCUACUAUACUGUAAAAAUUAUAUUUUUAAUUCACUAUGAAUGUAUUCUGUGAAUUCACAUAUUUUGCUAUUAUAUUACACAUAUGCUGUAUUAUCUCAUGUUAUGUACAGUUUCCAACUUUUUUAUUUUGAGAUAUUUAAUACAUAAUUAA